AUGCACACCCACUCAGCCCUCGUCAUCGGCAGUCGUCUUAUCACUGCCCUCGUCCGUGUUGUCCGCCUUGCUGGCCAUGCGCACAAACCUCUUUGGCCAGUGCACAAACCUCCAGACACACGAUCUCUAUUAAAGUCACGACUCGCUCCCUUCCCUGGGGCCUCUUCCCUUUCAUCAUCCUCUUUCCUCUUCCCCCCUCACCCCCGACUAUCCCAUCUCCGCAAGAGACGUUCUCUGCAAACCUGGAGAUCCUCUCAACUCCCCCUCCAACACCGCGCGCUUCACCUUCUCCCCACUUGGGGUCAGUACCCGAGCCAGCCCUACACCCUUCCCCCCGGGUCUCCUCCUUCGUCCUCGUCCCCCUUCGCGUUCAACUCGCCCUCUGUCUCGAACCCGAACUCGUCCAGGACCGCAACCAACAUGCCUUCAGAACAGGUCCCUGCUACCGCCGACUACUACCAGCGCCCGGCCGCUCCUGGCGCCGCUCCCAACGGCGCUGCCAGCUACCCCAACUACGCCGGUAGCCACCCGAUGGCCUACCGAUCCAACAGCGAGACCAACCGUGCCCCUCCCCCCGCUCCUCUCACCCGUGUUCCCACCUACGCGAUGAUGCAGCAGCAGCCCAACAGCGUCGGUCAGCCGAGCCCGACUGCCACGAGCCCCUACUACCAGGCCUCUCCUCGCGGCCCCGGCGGUGCCUACGCUGCUAACUCUCCCCGUACGCCGGCGUACUCGCAGGGCGGUUACUACUCGCCCGGCUACAGCCAGGCUCCCCAGGCCCUCGACAUGCCCCGCUCGCUGUCGUACCCCAACUACACCAGCAACCCGUACACGAGCUACCUUCCCAGCAUCUCGACCCCUACCCUUCUCGCCCCCGGAGAGCAGCUCCCGCCUCUGGCUCGUCAGCACUCGACCAACUCGAUCAACACCCUCGGUCAGCCGAUGUACGGCGGACAGUACGGAUCGAGGCUGCCCCUCCAGGACCGCCCGUUCAAGUGCGACCAGUGUAUUCAGAGCUUCAACCGCAACCACGACCUGAAGCGUCACAAGCGUAUCCACCUUGCUGUCAAGCCGUUCCAGUGUGAGAAGUGUGGCAAGUCAUUCUCGCGCAAGGACGCGCUCCGCCGGCAUUGGAUGGUUCGUGGCUGCCGUGGCGAGGAGGGCGCGACCGCCCCCAUCACGCCUGCGUACCCGCUGAACAACCCGCCUCCGGCCCUGUCGCCGUCGACCCCUCCCGCUACCAGCGACAAGUCGACGCCCGCGGGCGCCAAGCAGGCGCCGUCAAGUUCGCUCUACGGCUCGAACACGAUGUCGUUCUCGCACCCCUCGGCGCCGCCUCCCCUGACGUCGCUUCCCGCUCGCCAGUCGUCGGACCAGCCGUCGCAGAUCAUCCUGACGCCCAACGACAUGGCUGCCCAGCAGCGCUCGGCCAGCGACUCGUCUGCCAACGGCGAGUCUGUCGUCAUUGACCCUGCUCUCAGCAUGGAGAGCGGUGCCUUUGGCGGCUCUGCCAGCGCAGGCCCCGAGGGAGACAAGAGCUACUUUGAGCUCAUGCGCAAGCAAAACUCGAUGGGCGGUGCUGUCCCUGACAGCGCUGUGUCUUCCACCUUCUCGCGCUAUGGCGCGUCCCCGAAGGACGAGUCUGCCCCGGCCCGUCACCACCCCUACCGCCGGACAGGAGGACCUCUGCCGUCACCCUCGAUGCACAGCCCCCUCGCCCAGUCGUUUGCCCACCAGCAGCAGUCGAACCCGAACCUGCUUGCGCCGAUCAACUCGACGUCCAUGUCGAAGCAGAGCUCUGCCGACUCGGCCGACCCGCAGUGGGGUUCGCAGAGGUGGUAA